CAGAGUAGGGGAGAUGUUAAAUCCAGAAUCCGGGGAGGACAAAUUGAGCGAUGGAAGCAGCAACAGAACCAUUGGGAGAGUGGAAGAAGAGGAUAUGAGUGCGGAUGAAAGCUCUAUGGGCGACGACUAUGACGUACAAGGUGAGGUGUCCAGUGAUAGCGAUGUACGAAUGGAGAUCGAUGAUGACGUAACAUCUGAUGACAGUACCGCCACCCAUGAUAGUGAUGAUGAAUAUGCAGGAAGCCCUAGUGACUAUAAAAGUAUCAAACAAUGGAAGCAAGUGAAGAAGUACAACAAAAUUAUCAUGGAAACAGAUGGUUUUGGCGACAUCACAGUGAACCCCAGAGGGGGGGUUCCUGGCGUAAUUGUGCCUCUUAACCUGAAGGGAGGGCCUUCCCGCAGAUUGGUGAAUUGCACCAACAUGGCUAUUGACAAAUACAAUGCUGAAAACGAUGCAAAUCUGAAACUUGAGGCUAUUGAGAAGGCAAACCUUGGAUAUGGUUCUGGCUUUGUAUAUUACAUAACAUUCAGAGCUAGAGACACAUGUACUGCAAAGGUUAAUCUAUAUCAAGCCAGAGCUUUUCACCACCUCAAUGGGCGUGAUCAUUUCGUGAGGCUUGUUAGGUUGGCACCUGGACAGAUGGAAGGGUUAAGCACGUGAUAUCUUCAGAAGAUGAAGAUGACAACGAUGCCGAGGAGGAGGAUGCUGAUAAGUAGAAUUAGGCUGUUGUGGGGUUUUCCCCUUUGUAAUUACAAAGUCAUUUUUACUGUAUGGAAGCAUACUUGUAAGGGUCUGUUUGCAACAGCUUCUGCUUUUAAAAAAGUGCUUUUUUAAAUGAAAUGGGGAGAAGUGAUUAAAUAAAAGUUGAUAGUGUUUGAGAAAAAAGUGAUUUUGAAAAGUAAAAGUGGGUAGUGUUUGGUAAAAUAAGUGCUUUUUGUGUAAUAGAAAAAGUAAAAGCACUUUUGACGUGGAAGCCGAGAAAAAUAAAAGUUGUAGUGUUUGGGAAAAUAAGUGCUUUUUUAAAGCCAAAAGUUGAGAAGUGCUUUUUUAAAAGUAGUUGCAAACCAAUCCUAAAUCCCGGCCAGUAGUGCUGAGGUGUAAAGGUGACUUUUUAGCUUAUCCUUCCCUUUAUACAAUGCCUUUUAUUCCUACGCAAUUCAUCCUCUGCUCGGUCUUGAAAGGUCCGC